AUGAUCCGCAACCAGAAACGCAGCGAGAUGGGAGAGAUGGCGUCGGGGACUCCCAGCGGCUUCAAGGCCCUCAAGCACAUGAAACCAAAGUACAAGGACGAUGACGAUCAUGGGUAUCAAGCUGGCAAUGCGAAGGCGCAGAACCCGGACUCUGUUUUCCCCGUCACUCUGGCCGCAUAUGCGAUGAUCUUCUCAAAAGAUCAAGAAUGGAGAGAUGGGGAGGAUCAAAAGUCUUUCGCCAAGAAGAUCUAUUGGCCUAUUGCUGACAAGCUCAGAUCCUCCGACAUGAUCGUCAGGGCCGAUGAGACCGAUGAGACCGAUGAAGACAAGCAUGUGGCUCUCGUUUAUAUCAGUGAGAAGAGACAGAGAGUGGUUGGCGAGCACAUGAGCAACGAAAACCUGCUCUUUGUGCGCUUGAAGGAAUCAGAUGAUGAGGAUAACGAGGUCAAAUACGGCGGCGGUUGGACAAAGUAUCAGCAGCACUUGACACGAUAUUACGCAAAGAGCAGCGAGGGGACUUUGUUUUCAAGUUCUCACCAGUUGGCCAUGAUCGAGUUCCUGCUGAACGACAAGAAAGAGGAAGCUCUUGGACCGCAACUGCUGCCGAAAGAUGCUUGCACGCCAGGGUUCAACAUCCUCCAGCAACUAAUUGCGGAUCAAAAGGUGGUCGCGACUUUCUGUCUCCACCACCCCGAUAAGAAGAUGUGGCUGGAUCAGAAUUGGUGUCAGACCUACUUGAGCAAACAGCCACUGGAAGACAUCCGCGAGUACUUCGGUGAAGGCAUAGCGCUCUACUUCGCAUGGCAUGGAUACCUGCUUCAAAUGCUGUGGGUUCCAGCCUUGACCGGCAUCUUCGUGUUUGCCGCCAGCAUGACGGCCUACGGAGAAACAAGUUCGAUUGACAACCCCUACGUCUGCCUCUAUGCUGGUUUCCUCGCGCUGUGGACGGUCUAUUUCAACUACGGGUGGAAACGGUUGCAGAUGGUGUACCAGCUGGAGUGGGGGACGAUUGACGAUCAUCUUGUGGAGGAAGAUCGCUCGGAGUUCGUUCAGCACCCUUACACGUAUAAGAAGCUCAACUCCAACACUCUCAAGGAGGUUGAGCAGCUCGCUGCCGUCCCACCAGUGACGCCCGCCUCUACUUGGCAGGAAUUCUAUUCAGACCCUUUCGUAGCGAUCUUCAGGCCGAUUGGAAGCGCGAUUGUCGUUUGCUUCUUCAUCGCGGUUGCUGUUGUACUUUACAUGGGAUUGGAGGCCGUGCUGAUCUGCGUAUUGAAAGUUCUGGGAGGAAUGGCGCUGGAAUUCAUGACGACAGACUUUGAGAACUGGAAAACGAUGUCGCUGGUGAAUGGUUACGAUGCGGCUCUUGUGGCCAAGCUCUUUGCCUUCGGACAAGUCAACUCAUACUUCGCUCUCUUCUUCGUUGCGGUCCUGGCAAACAACUUCCAGCCCUUCGGUGUCGACGUUUCUUGCCCGGACAAGUUCUGCCUCAAUUACUUGUCCAUGAUGGUAGUGAUUGUUUACGUGGUCUACGCCUUCUCCUUCGUGGUAGACACCCUGAGGGUGAGAUUUAGUCAACCUCUGGACUAUGCGAAGGAGCAAGAAGAGGCGAAAGAAGAUCCGAUGCGAAUCAAGGAAACGCUCCGAGAGUUUAAGAAACCAAGUCUUGACUCCAAGUCCUACAUCGUGCAGAAGAUUCCGGUCCCAGUGAAGCAUUCGGGCAUGAACCAACUUUACUUGGACAAGAUCCUUGAAGCAGGUUACGUGAUGUUCUUCGGAGCUGCUUUUCCCCUCCUCGCGUUGCUUUCUGUUGUCUUCAACAUCUGGCAUUUGCGGAGAAAUGCCACCUAUGUUCUCCACGAUGUCAGACGUCCAAGCUACUCGCGUCUCAAAGACAUCGGCGUGUGGAUGCAAAUCUUGGACAUCACCGCUAUCCUCGCCGUUGUGUUUCAAUGCGCGAUCUUGGCCUUCACAUCUCGUUCUCUCUUCUACUUCUUCCCUCACAUGAAUGACAUGGAAGUCGUAUUCUUCGCGGGUUGUUUCGAGCAUCUGCUGCUGCUGGCCAAGGCUAUGUUAGAGCUCAACAUCGAAGUCCCAGCUGAUGUCCAGCUGAACUACGAUAGGAAACAAUAUUCGAUCAAGUGCCUCACAGAGAGCGAAGAGAGAGACCCUGCGAGCCGCCUAGUCUUCUACACGUCGGACGAUGGGCUGCCGUACGAUGGGCAGUGA